AUGGCAAGCGACGUCUCUUGUGCAAGUGUGACAAAGCAAUUGGCUAGAGGAUUGCUUCCGUCGCGUUUCUUCUUUUCUUUCUCUCUUUGUUUCUCCAUUGAUGGUCCUGUAGCCGAGCUUCCUCGUCGUUGUCGUCAACGUGUCUCUGUUUCUUCAUCAGACGUAAAGGUUCCGUCUUUGAGGAGUUUCGCCAAUGGGUUUCUGUGUCCAAAUCGUAAGUUCAGAUCCCAGAUGCGAAAGAUGGAAGCUUUGCACGAACCCACCUGGAGAAAAGCUGGGUUCUUUGAAGCUAUCAAGGCAUCGACUUUCAAAAUCCGUGAAGACCCGUCUCUGAUUCAAGCCCUAGCUGAGAAUUGGUGUCCUGAGACCAAAUCACUCGUCAUUCCUUGGGGUGAAGCAACUGUAACGUUAGAGGAUGUGAUGGUGCUUCUAGGGUUCUCUGUUCUGGGCUUCCCUGUUUUUGCCUCUUUGGAAAGCUCAGAGAUGAGACGUGCAGUGAAGAGGCUAGAGAAAGCAAGGACAAAGAUUUUAGGGAAUCAGAACAAUGGUUACCGCGUCAGUCAGUUGCAAUGGACUUUACGUUUCAAAGACAUAGAUGAUGAUGAUUCGUUGGAGCAUGAAGCUCUGGAGGAGCAGAAGAAGGUGAAUGUUGAAGUCUCCGAUCAGCAACUUGCCGAGGACAAAGUAAAGAGGUGGGAGGCUCUUCAAGAAAUAUCAACGAACAAACACUUGCUUAUUAAAAUCAGAGAAGCGAGUGAGGGAACUUGAGAUCAGAGAAGACUCGACACCAUCAGUCCCAUCGUGCAGCAAUGGUGCUGGAGGCAGUUGGUUGUCAAGUGGAGAAAAUCAAAAUCUCAGAAGAUGGAGCAAACAAGGAGAUAGAAAUCCUCAAUCACUAGGAGGUUCUGUCUCAUGCAAGGAUGAUCUAAUCUCUGUUGGACCUGAUGGGAAAAGUGUAAAAAUCAAAGUGUUGAGAUCUAAACCCCAAUUUUCUGUGAGUUUUUGCUUCUUCUUAUCUCGUUGUUCUCUAUUGCAUAGGGGUUUUUUAUAUGUGUUUGUAUUCUUGUUUUGUCUCUGUCAGAUUUGUUGUGUCUUGUUCUUGAUUAUUAUGUAUGUUUGUGUUCUUGCUACCCUUCGGGAUUGUUUUAGAAUUAGAUUUUUCACAAUGUUGUGUCUUGUUUUGUUGUGUCUUA